UGAUUUUAUAAUAAAAUAUUUUUUCAGAAGUUGUAUACCAAUGUUUACUCUGUUUAACUCGUCCAAGCCACUUGCAAGAAUAAGUUUAUCUAAAAGCCUGAAUAAAAUGUCCACUUCUGGACUAGAAACUAAAUUGAAUCCAAAUUGCAUUUUUUGCAAAAUUGUGGAGAAAACUGUUCCAUCAGAUAUAAUCUAUGAGGAUGCCAAGUAUUCGAUGUUUCCUGACCAUAGUCCAGCCAGUACCCAUCACUAUCUAAUAGUUCCUAAGGAACAUCUUGUAGGCUUGAAGGUUCUUGACAAAUCUGAUAUUCCACGGAUCAUUGAAAUGAAACAGAUAGGACUUGAUGUACUCAGAGAGAAAGGAGGAGAUGUGGAACAGGCAAUCACAGGAUUUCAUUGGCCUGUUCAUCAGAUUCCACAUUUACACAUGCAUAUCAUCUCUCCUGCUCCUGUCAAGGGUUUGAUUCCUAGGAUAAAGUUUUCCUCUCUUUUCUUCGGAAGUGUCGAAGAAGCAAUUCAAGUUUUGGAAGACAAGGAGAAAUAACAAUCAGGAGAAGAUUAUUAACCAGAAGAACUAGAUUGAUUGAUAUAACAAUAUUACCAUGCUUGUUAUAUUGUUUAUCAUGUUUCGUUAUAUGUAAAAUACAUUUUACUUUUA